AUGGAUCAAGGCCUUUCAACAGGGGCCCAUCAAGAUAUUGAUGGGCUACGUGAGAGAAAUACACGCGUCGAUUCAACAGUCGGUCGCGAGGCUUUAGCAGCCGUUGGGGAAGUGGAGAUCGAAGAUAAAGAUGGCAAAGAAUCGAAGACCUUUGGGAGAACUCCCGAUGGAAAAGUCCCUCAGACUCAUGACAUGGUCUCCCAAUUGCUUUUGCCUUCCGAGCCAAAGAAUUUUGGUGAUCUUGUGGUGUUGAUUCUAUUGGCUGGUCAUGUUCUGUUUCUCUGGGCACUCCCAGCGGGUGCCAAAAUCCCGGUCUUUGCAGCCACCUACCUCUUCUGGCGCCUGGCUUACAAUGCAGGAAUCGGGUGGCUGCUUCACAAUCAGUCGCACCACAAGACACUGAUUCGAUGGGCCGAGAAGACCAAGGUCUUUGUCAACCCAGCCACUGGGGAAAACCCCCACCCUAAAUUGUAUAAUUGGAUCAAGCGGGAACUGGAGACCAAGAUCCCGCAGGAUUACUCGUUCGACAAUGCUCCAAUUGAAUACAACACCUGGCUUGUGUUUAGGCGUCUGGUGGACUUGAUCCUCAUGUGUGACUUCACUUCUUACUGCCUUUUCGCGAUAGCUUGUGGCCACCAACCCGUCGACGAGAGUAUUCUCAUGACAGUUCUCCGGUGGUCCGCAGGUAUCGUGUUAGUGCUGUUUAACCUCUGGGUCAAACUGGAUGCGCAUCGAGUGGUCAAGGACUAUGCCUGGUAUUGGGGUGAUUUCUUCUACCUCAUUGACCAAGAAUUGACUUUCGAUGGCGUGUUCGAAAUGGCACCUCAUCCCAUGUACUCAGUUGGCUAUGCGGGCUACUACGGAAUCUCUCUGAUGGCAGCCAGCUAUAAGGUGUUACUCAUCUCGAUCAUUGCCCAUGCAGCACAAUUCAUUUUCCUCGUUCUUGUGGAGAACCCGCACAUCGACAAGACUUAUAAUCCGCCACCACCCAGAAAGCGCCCCUCUACCUGUGCGGAUUCUUCUUCCAACUUGCCCACCGAUCUAGACACUCCGACAGCGCCAACUCCGUCUGAAGACCAGGCUCCCAACGCGACAUCUUCGUAUUCGGCCAAGCCGCCGCAGCCAGUCCACAACCUCCUGGGAUUGCACAAUCUGGAUUUGUAUAGAACCACGGAUUCAUCAAUCAUGCUGGUUCAGCUUCUUGUAUUCUCCAUUACAGCUUUGACACCAUCUACACCAGGGUAUCAGUUGCUGUUCGUGGUGCUCGCUGCCGCUUCCAGAAUCUGGUAUUCCGUAGGCAUUGGGUAUAUCCUUCGGAACCAGUCUAACACCAAGUCUUGGACAAGACACUUUGUUAAGUAUGGCGACACGCCGCAGGAAGCGUGGAACCAAUGGAAGGGCACUUAUCAUCUCAGUAUGAUCUUGUGUUACUCUAGCUUUAUUGCUGCCGUGUGGAAGAUGUACACAUUCCCGGCCGAUUGGGGCUAUGGUCUGGUUCUGUUCCGACAUGUGCUCGGAGCCGGCCUGAUCAGUCUGCAAAUCUGGACUUCGGUCAGCAUCUACGAGUCACUCGGUGAAUUUGGCUGGUUCUACGGAGACUUUUUCUUCGAUGACUCUCCAAAGCUCACUUACAAUGGCAUUUACCGCUUCCUCAACAACCCAGAGCGUGUUCUAGGUCUCGCAGGCGUGUGGGGUGCUGUUCUGAUCACCAGUAGUGGAGCUGUCACUUUCCUCGCCUUGCUGAGCCACAUCCUGAGUCUGGCUUUCAUUCAAUUCGUCGAACGUCCUCAUAUGCAGAAGCUGUACGGUCGUAGCCUUCGCCAGGAUGCGGGUCUCGUCAAGAGUCUGAAGCGGUCACUGCCACCCUCUCUCAAGCAAUUGCACGGAAGUGUUGACAAGAUGUUCGAUGACUCCUUCGAGUUCAUUGAGGAGAUGCUUGACAACGCCCGACCCAAACUUGCCGCGGGUGUCAACACUUUUGUUAAAGACACCACUGCGCUCUUCCAAAAGUACCCUGCUCGCGUCACCAUCUCCCGAAUUGAUGCAGACCUGGCUGGAUUCGACGUCCGCGAUUAUUCUCUGUCGGUGGAAGGUACCCAUGCUCUGUCCUUCGAGGAGAGCGAAAAGAACAAGGGUCGUGAAGGUGCAAACGCGCGCAUGCCCCUGGACCGCCGCGGUGAUCUGAAGGACUUGACAUUUGAAUACGGCUCCCCGAUCAAGGUUAAAUGGACUGCCCCGCUCCACCACAGCAAGAAGGAUUGGAUUGGUCUUUACCGGGUCACAGACAACACCUCGCGAGAGGUCACUCGUGUAUCAUCGCAAGGCCGCUGGGUUGCAACCAACGAAGGUGCAUACGACAACUCGACCUGUGAAAAGGGUAUCCUCACUAGUGAUGUUGUUAUCCCGUCAUCCGAGCAUCACGGCCAGGAGCCCUGCGAGUUCGCAUCUGGCGAGAUCCUUCUUUCUGGUGACAAACUCUUCUGGACCCAGGGUGUCUUCGAACUCCGCUACCACCACAACGGCAUGCACAAUGUCAUGGCUAUCUCGAGACCCUUUGAGAUUCUCAUUCGCCGGUCGGAUGAGGAUGAAACUAUUGCCGAUGGCGAUUCCCUCGUGGAAUCGGCUGUUGAGAAUGCCUUGUUGCCGGUCGUUCGUAACUGUUUCGAUCGUGAUCCUGAAAUUGCCCCGGAGACUGUUGAUGAGCAGUUCGGUAGCCUUGUGGAACGUGAUGGCAAGUUUGCCAAGCGUGUUGUCUUUGCGGUUCAUCAGAUGUUUGGUAUCGAGUUAGCCCCUGAGGUUGUCAAAUCGGAUGGCAACGUGCGGAAUCUGGCUUGGAGAAUCUGCAAUGCCAAGAAAGUUCUCGCUCCCUACAGCAUGUCAAGAUCCAAUGGAACGACAACGCCACUUGAGGAGAGCAAAGAAUGA